AUGCCUAGCCCAAUCAAGGCUCUGCUGUUGUCGACCUUGGUCGCAGCUGUCUCAGCAGACCUCCAGUGCUCCUUCAAGCAUCCAGCCAGACCAUGGAGCGCAAACACCACCAUUUCGUUCCCGGGUGGAUGUGACUUCACCAACGCAACCAUUCGUUGGAAUGCAUAUGAAGGACCUGGCUACGCUGUAGCUGUCAGUGCCGGCACAGCUGCAGAUGUCGCCCAGGCGGUAUGUUGAGAGGACUACACUUUCACAUCUGUAGUGGACCGGGCUGAUGUUUGCAAGGUUCAAAUCGCCAGGGCGCACAAUGCAUCACUUCUUGCGACUGGUGGACGGCACAGCUCGAGCACCACCCUCAACGAUGUCGACAACGGGGUUGCCAUCGAUCUUCAAAGACUGGAUACCGUUCAGGUGGACGCCCAGAACGCUCUCCUUACCAUAGGAGGAGGCACACGAUUCGGAGCAAUCGUUGAGCCCGUCUACAAGGCCGGUUUCGAGAUGCGUAUGUUGAACUCCUUCAUCGUGACAUAUUCGUACGAUGAUGACUGACUAUGGCUCAGCUGUUGGAUCCUGCGCUUGUCCCGGCAUGGUCGGGGCCUCAAUUGGAGGUGGUGUCGGCCGUUUCCAAGGCAUUGACGGCUUGCUCAUCGACCGCAUUGUUUCGGUCAACAUCGUGACGGCCGACGGCAAGAUGAACACGGCUUCUGCCACUGAGAAUCCAGAUUUGUACUGGGCCGUUCGCGGAGCAGGCCAGAACUUUGGCAUCAUCACCUCGGCCACCUUCUCGUUGCCCAGCCAAACAAACGGCGGCCAGGUCUUCAGCGCAGACUUCGUCUUUGCCGCCGAGAAGAACGCAUCUUACUAUGAUCUGAUCCAGGGUCUGAAGGGAACGAUGCCUGCGGAGUUGGGUACUGUCACGAUCGCGGAGUACAACACGACGACCAAAUCCGUAAGUGAAACACAGGCAAGCCACGGGUGAUACAGUUUCUGACUCCCUGAACAGCCUCAACUUCUGGUCAACUGGCUCUACAUUGGUCCCGAAGCUCAGGGCCGGCAGCUGGUCCAGCCUCUUGUUGCUCUCGGUCCCAUCUCAACAACUCAGCAGAUGCUUGCAUAUAACGAGAUCUAUCCCAACGCACUGGGUGGACUCGGAAAUUCGCUCUGCGGGAACGAUGUCGUCUCUGAAGUCGGCUACGGCAUCAACUUUGCCAAUCUGUCGUCCUCGACAUUCCAGACGGUUUUCCAGAAGCUUAGCGACUUCUAUGUCCAGCACCCCGAUGGAGUCAACAGCAGCAUCGAGAUGGAGGUCUUCGCCCCGCAGGCCGUCGAGAAGGUCCCAUGGAAUGCCACUGCUUACCCAUGGCGGAACAGCCUCGGUUACUCGUAAGCCAGCAGUGCCAGGACAUUGCGCAGUAUCCGAGCUGACACUUGGUAGUCUCAUCGCCUUCCAGUGGAACUCGACCGCGACUCAAAAGGCGGGCGAGGCUCUGGCCGAGGAAAUCCGCGCCGACUAUGCCGCUACGUCCGGUCUUGACGGCGUGAAGGUAUACGUCAGUUACGGGCAUGGCAAUGAGAAGCCAGAACAGCUUUGGGGCAAGAAUUACCCUCGCCUUCAGCGCAUCAAGGCCAAGUGGGACCCAAGCAAUGUGUUCCGCUUCUUCCACACCAUCACGCCGGCUUGA